AGAGAGAAUAUUACAGUGAAGCUUUACUGGAUUGUCGCCAGCGGGAGAAUCUCUGAACCAGUAGUAGAGCAUGAGGAAGGAAAAGUGAGAGGGAAUCAGAACCGAAGGCCGAAGUUUCAGGGAAAUUUACCGUCGAACCAUAGAGAAACAGACGCUAAUCUUGUUUCAAGUGGUGGUUUGGAGAGGACGAUUCCGACCAGAUCUGAGCAGUAGAGAAAAGAUUUGGGGUGUGUUUCAACCGCAACGCUAUUUUUCAAACUUGACUUUUCGAUGUGAACACAAGGAAAACGAUCAUUUCUACUAAUAUUUCAGUGAUGUCAAGUUUAAUAGUGAGAAGGGUAUCGUGUGAAGAUAUACAAGUGGGUAAAAGGACACGAGAACAGCUUUGGUGCGAUGAUGCCGUCUCUACAGCUCCUGCAAAGUCUUUAGAGAAUAAGAUUGAUUCAAGCUUUGGGAAAAAAUGCCGAAAACUGAAAUCUUGUGUUCCAUCCUCACAUCAUUGCUUAUCUUCACGACAAACGGUGCAUGCUUCAAAUUCACCAAAUUGUAAAGAUGUUAGUCUGAAGACUCUCAAAGAUGUAGCCCAUAAAGAAGUUAGUGUGAAAACUCUCAAAGAUGUUGCCCCUGACUCAAGCGAAACCAGACCAUUUAUUCCCACUGGUCCUGGUUUCCAGGCUGAAAUUCCGGUUUGGAUUGCCCUUACAAAGGAGGGCAAAUUUUAUGGUAGUCCUGGAGACACUCUUAGAUGGUUGGGUACUGGUGUGUGGCCGACAUAUAGCCUAAAGAAGAAAUUUCAUUACAAAAAAGUCGGUGAAGGAAGAUCAGAUUCUUGUUCUUGUGCUUCUCCAAGAUCAACCAAUUGCAUAAAACAACAUAUAGAAGAAGCACGAGAGGUUCUAGAAAAAGACAUUGACCGUGCUUUCUAUACUUGGAAGUUUGAUCAAAUGGGUGAAGUCAGAUCAAAAUCAUGGACGACCAAAGAAGGGCAAAGGUUCGAAGCUGUUGUGAAAAAUAAUCGUUUGUCAAAUAGUGAAGGAUUUUGGAAAUCUGUUCCAAAGGCUUGCUAACUCUUCUGCUGAGAAACUGGAUGAAGGCCUUGAUGAUAGCUGUAAUCUUUGCAGAUGUUUCUCUUGAACACAGGUACAAACUUCUGAGCUGGGAAUGAUAAACAACUAAGGACCAAGAGCUGCAAACUUGGUUGGAGCUGGUGAUGCUGAUAAUGCUCAAGCAAAUAGCCAGGGAAUACAAGCACCAGCUGUGGAGAACUACAGUUUUGAGAUCAAGGCAGGGUUUAUAAACAUGGUGCAGAGCAUCAAAUUUCAUGGGUUAGCUAUAAUAGACCCUCUUGAUCAUCUGGAUCACUUUGAUAUAAUCUUUGGGCUGACAAAGAUGAAUGGGUUAUCAGAAAACAGGUUUAAGCUCAAUUCCUUAGAACCCCAACUGGGGAAUUACUCAGACAUAGCUGAGUUCAACAUCACAAAAGUAUUUAGAAUUGCAGAGAAUUGAAAUAGACAAAGGUUAUAAACGAAGAACAAGUUGAAACAGGAGAUCUGAUGGUGCCCCUCUUGGUGGCUCCUCUUCUGGGCGUGACUCUCUUCUAGGAUUUCUGGUGAGAAAUGUGGCACACCCUUCUAAAUGACUUAAAAGGGGUUUAUAUAGUGUCUUGAGUCCUCGAGAAUGGCUAAGGCUUGCAGGAAUAAUGACGGGAGUGACUUGGGCUUUAAUAUGGGCUUCUGAGGCACGAAAUUGAGCUCCCCGCGGGCUAAAAUUUCGCACCCCCGACGGAUGACGUUUUGGACGCGGGUGAGCUUCUGAUUGUGAUGAUUUGCCUUCAGUGUAUCGACCAUAUCUGGAGAUCUAACCGUUGGAUUGCUUUGAUUCUACUUGUAUUGGAGAUCUGAUUGUCUCCACUCUCUUGUGUCAAAAUUUUAUGAUCGGACGGUGGUAAGACCUCCGUUUGCUACCAAACUUCCGACGGUCUGAAUUUAUCUAAAGUUAUGCUUUUUGCUCCCAAGUGCAUUCAUUUUGUCAAAAUAAUCUGAAAACUCUUUUGAGAUUUUAAAACAUGGAAAUCACUUAAAAUUCUUUAAAUCUGAGUGGAAACAUCUGCAUAAGAUAUUAAAAGUGAUCCAUAAAAGUGGUCAAAAUCAGGUGUUAUCACCAACCAGGUUACCAAAAAGAGUACAACUACUAUAAGAAUCACCCCAAUUUUUUAUAGAAGCGGAAAUGUAGCCAACCCACAAAACCAAGUCUAUCACACCGAGAAGAACUUCACUCAAUGUGUCCAACAACAAGGCUUUAUCGCUCCUCAACAAUAAAGUUUAGCUCAGGGGCUAAAGAUCAAGAAGUGAAGAACAUGCUUCAACAGCUACUACAGUGUCAAGCUUGUGCUGCUAUGGACUUGAGCAAGAAAAUGGCAGAGAUCCACAACAAAGUAGACUGCUCAUACUCUGACUUGACUUCAAAGGUUGAGACUUUACACACCGAGAUAAAGCAAAUGGAGAAUCAAAGUGCUCAAAAAGCUUCACUCACUAGUAGAAGCAUGGAGAAACUAAAGAGCAAUGUUGGAGAAAACCAAAAGGCGUAUUGCAAUGCCAUUUUCUCCAAUGAAGUCCAUUCUAUUGCUGAAAAUGAAGCUGAUAUAAAGGAGGUUGAGAUUCUACUUUAUAAUCCACAAACUACAACUCAGUGAGGACAUUGGUACUUCGACAUCUUGUAGUUGUGGCUCGGUUAAGUCUGGCUAGCUUGAAUAGCCUCAUCACGGCCGAGAAGACAUCGGAUGUUAAUCGGAAUUUUUACAUCAAAAGAUGAAAACACUCUCUUUGUGAAAAAAAAAUUAGAGAGAAAACGGAGAUAGAGAGCAUGGUAGACUUACUCAUCUACCGUUGUAUGAGAGAGUUUAAUAAAAUUGGUUUUGCGUAUUCAAAAUUUCAAGUUGCCUUUGUUUUUCGUUUUUAUCUUUUUAUUUUAGAACACAAUUUUUAAAGAAAACCAAACAUCCAAAAUUGAAAAAUGGUAGCCUGAAUCCCAAAAAAAAAAUGAUUUUUUUUUUAAUUUAGAGUUUACUACUUUACUUAUCAGGAUUAUGUUUUUUCUGUAAAAAAAAAAAUGGUUACUUUUUAUAUAUUUUCUUUACUAUAUUCUAGUUCUUUUCCAUUAUUCUAUUCUCGAAGCAUAAUCCAUGUUUCUUAUUUUUCCACCAGCUUUGAUGGUGUCUAUUAUUUUUUCCACCAAGAUGGCACCGUUUUGAUCGUGGUACUUCUUUUUCUCCUUCAUUGGUAGUAUUUCUUCAAUACUAUAUGAUAAUUUUUUCUAGAUCGAAUUUGAAUUCAGUUAUUUUCAUUUAUUUUACAUCAUCUGACAUCUUAAAGAAUGUAUUUAUGGCUAAUUUUGUUUUUUUUUUAAAUUAAAAAUAAAAACUAAAACCUUAUAAAUUUAAACCCAUAAAACCCAAGAAAAUAAAUUCUAGAAGCCCAUAUCAAAACUAAAAAACCCUAAUCCUACUACCUCUAUAUAAAUAAUUGAGAGAGAAGAGAAUGGGAAGAGAGAAUCUUACAGUGGAGCUCUGCUGGAUUGUCGCCAGCGGGAGAAUCUCUGAACCAGUAGUGGAGCAUGAGGAAGGAAAAGUGAAAGUGAAUCAGAACCAAAGGCCGAGGUUUCAGGGAAAUUUACCGCCGAACCAUGGAAAAACAGACGCUAAUCUUGGUACCAUUGUAAAGAUGUUUCUCUCAGCUUUCUAGAACAUCCUUAUUUGCUCGAUUUGGAGAUGUGGUUUGGGAGUUAUUUCUGUUUCUUUCAGAGAAGUCGAAUCUGUUCAAAUCUGAACAUCUGUUUUCAGGUCUGCUUUUCCAGUUUCAAGUGGUGGUUUGGAGAGGACGAUUCCGACCAGAUCUGAGCAGUAGAGAAAAGAUUUGGGGUGUGUUUCAACCGCAACGCUAUUUUUCAAACUUGACUUUUCGAUGUGAACACAAGGAAAACGAUCAUUUCUACUAAUAUUUCAGUGAUGUCAAGUUUAAUAGUGAGAAGGGUAUCGUGUGAAGAUAUACAAGUGGUUUAUGCAUACUCGUGGAACUAGGAGCAACAAGGACAUCCCGCUAGUGAAUUUGAGCAACGAACAGCUAGCUGAGUUAGAGCGAACGAGGCGGAAAGCAAGAGAUCCGGCAAUGAUGGAAAACGCCAAUGGACUUGUUCGUGAUGAUGAUGGAACCUGGAGAGACCGAGAGGGUCAUCUGUGCAAUGCGAGAGGCCAAAGGAUUGAUGGAGAUGGUAACAUCAUUCCACCAGCUCCUUUACCAGUGGAUGUUGUUGACCAGAAUCCACCACCUGCACCGCGUGGUAAUGCUGUGAUCGUUCCACAUCAGAGGAACGCUCCAGAAGAUCGGAAUGUAAGGGAACCUGCACCUGCAGCUGGACGUGGACGAACACUUGGAGACUACAACAGGCCUGAGCAGUUCUAUGCAAAUCGUUCUGCGAUUCGUGCUCCUGCGUUUCAAAGGAACGAUUUUGAGCUGAAGCCUGUGUACUACACUCUUGUGGGUCAGCAUCCUUUCCAUGACCACUCUCAUGAGCACCCUAUGGAUCACAUCGAGAGGUUUGAGGACUUGGUCACCAGCAUCAAAUACAAUGGAGUGUCCAAUGAUUUCCUCCUCUGCAAGCUGUUUCCUUACUCUCUUGCUGGAGAAGCAGCUAACUGGUUGAAGCAGUUGGAGCCAGGAUCACUCACCACUUGGGAGGAGACCAGGAACGCCUUCCUGCACAACUUCUUCGACGAUGCUAGGUCUGAGGAGUUGAGGACUAAGAUCUCGACUUUCUCUCAGGACCCUACUGAAGCGUUCAAGGCUUCUUGGGUGCGAUUCAAAUCGUACCAGCGAGACUGCCCUCACCAUGGCUUCAGCGAUGUGCAGUUGCUGGGUAUCUUUUUCAGAGGUAUCGACUGGAGGUAUCAGAUGGCGCUUGAUGCAGCAAGCAAUGGGAACUUAAACACCAGAUACCCAGACGAAGCUGUUGAGCUCAUCGAAAACUUGGCAUCCAGCAAUAGCACCAAGAAUGCAGAUCUAGAGCGAAAGAAGCAAGCUGGGAACAUGGAUAGAUCGCAGAUCGCUGAGGUGAAAGCUAAACUUGAUUCUGUGCACAGCCUUUUAGUGGGUAAGAAAUCUGUCAGAUUCGCACAGGAGGUGGAGAGUUUCGAACCUGAGGAUGCAGCUGAGGAAGAGGAUGUCAACUUUGUCAGUGGAUCAGGAUUUCAGAGUCAGAGGUUUGGUAAUCAGCAAGGUAACAGAAGCUACAGUGGAAAUUACAGUGGAAACAAUCAGAGGAAUACCUUCAACAGUAAUCAGAACUUCUCUGGUUACACGCCUAAGCCUCAGUACCAGAAACCUUUUUCGAGCAACAGUUUUUCCAGAAACUACAGCACUCCUUCAUCUCAACCUCAAAAUCCUGACAAUGAGAUGAAGUCUAUGCUGGAACAGAUUCUGGAAGGUCAGCAGAAGCUCACCGUGGACUUUAAUGGGAAGAUGGAUGCUCUCUACCUCGAUCUGAAUGGAAAAAUCGAAGUUCUGAACACCCAUGUCAAGCAGCUCGAUACACAGGUAGCCCAAACUGCAGGUUCUGUUAAAAGGCAAGAGGGUUUUCUUCCUGGGAAGACUGACACCAAUCCAAGGCAUCACCUCAGUGCUAUCACGUUGAGGAGUGGUAAAAAUCUGAGUUCUGAGCCCACGAAGACGCCUCCUGCACCUGAAGUCGUGGACUUAGAAGAUUCUGAAGAAAUUCCUGAGAUUGCAGAGCCGGUGACGAGCGACACCAUCACUAGUGUCGCGCGUCACCAAUUGCAGAGCGAAGCUGUUGAUAUUCCGAAUCCGAAAUCUGCAGAGGAGAAAGUCUACAAACCUAAAGUUCCUUACCCAAGGAGCCCUAGGAAGUCCAAGCAAGAGCUUGAUGAUGCACGAUGCAAAGCUCUGAUGGAAAAGCUUGUGAUUGAGAUACCUUUGGUUGAUGCUGUAAAAAUCACUCCUGUCAUCAGACGUUAUGUGAAGCGAAUGGUAACCAAUAAUCUCAGCCAUGAACAGGGAGUGAUGAUGAUAUCUGAGCAAGUCAGUGCAGUGAUUCAGAACCGAAUUCCAGAGAAGCUGUCUGAUCCAGGAAGCUUUGUCUUGGAUUGCUCUAUCUUCACAGAGAGAUUCAAGAGAUCGCUGUGUGAUCUGGGUUCAAGUGUUAAUCUCAUGCCCUAUUCGGUAGCUGUCAAUCUCGGCAUGACUGAUUUCAAGCCAACAAGGAUCUCCCUCAUCCUAGCUGAUCGUUCGACAAGGAUACCUGAAGGGGUGCUAGAAGAUGUUCCAAUCAAGGUUGGAGACUGCAUGAUACCGACUGACUUUGUGGUUUUGGAGUAUGGAGAGGAGCCUAAAGAUCCUCUUAUCCUUGGGAGACCUUUUCUAGCUACAGCAGGUCCUAUCAUCGAUGUCAGGAAAGGCAGGAUUGCUCUGAAUGUUGGAGAUCUGGUGAUGAACUUUGACAUGGACAAGCUGAUGAAGAAGCCCACCAUCGAUGGUCAGACCUUCUAUGUCGAUACUCUCACAGAGUUUUCUGAGGAGUUUCUCCAUGAGAUGCUGCCUACAGACCCACUUGAGAGAGCUCUGACCACGUUUGCCUCUGAGGCCGAACACUUGGACGAAAUUUCAGCAUCUUACUCAAAGAUGUUGGACUCCAGCGAGCAUGCGAUGCAGCUGGCAUCGCAGGUUGAACAGCUUGAGACUCCUGCGAAGGUGAAGCAGUUAUCCGACUGGAGUGAGGAGAAAGCCCCUAAGAUUGAGUUCAAACAACUCCCUGCAGGACUAAGGUACGCAUUCCUGGGCUCUAAUUCUACUUAUCCAGUCAUUAUCGAUUCUUCUUUGAACAAUGCUGAGGUUACCUUACUACUGAACAAGCUGCGCAAGCAUCUCAAAGCUUUUGGCUAUUCUCUUGAUGAUAUUUCAGGUAUCUCACCAGAAUUGUGCAUGCACCGAAUCCACCUGGAGGAUGAGUCGAAGUCGUCGAUUGAGCACCAGCGCAGGUUGAACCCUAACCUGAAAGACGUCGUCAAAAAGGAGAUCAUGAAGCUGCUGGAAGCUGGAAUCAUCUAUCCAAUUUCAGAUAGUGCCUGGGUGAGUCCUGUGCACGUGGUUCCUAAGAAAGGAGGGGUUACUGUUGUGAAGAAUGACAAGGAUGAGUUGAUUCCGACGCGCACAGUGACUGGACACAGGAUGUGCAUCGAUUACAGGAAGCUGAAUGCAGCGACCAGGAAAGAUCACUUUCCAUUACCCUUUAUUGAUCAGAUGCUGGAGAGACUUGCAAGCCAUCCCUACUACUGCUUCCUCGAUGGGUACUCAGGAUUUUUCCAGAUCCCUAUCCACCCAGACGAUCAGGAGAAGACCACCUUUACAUGUGCAUACGGCACUUUCGCAUAUCGCAGGAUGCCCUUUGGACUCUGUAAUGCUCCUGCGACGUUUCAGAGAUGUAUGAUGUCCAUCUUCACUGACAUGAUUGAGGAUUUCAUGGAGGUCUUUAUGGAUGAUUUCUCAGUCUACGGAUCAUCUUUUAAGGACUGUCUGGAUAAUCUCUGCAAGGUUCUGGCUCGCUAUGAAGAGAAACACUUGGUCCUUAACUGGGAAAAGUGUCACUUUAUGGUCAGAGAUGGGAUUGUGCUUGGACACAAGGUUUCUGCAGCUAGUAUCGAAGUGGACCGUGCGAAGAUCGACGUCAUGACGAGCUUGCCACCACCCGAUUCUGCGAAAUCGGUUAGAAGUUUUCUGGGUCAUGCAGGCUUCUAUCGUCGCUUCAUCAAAGAUUUCAGCAAGAUUGCACGCCCUCUUACUGCUCUGCUCUGCAAAGAUGCUAAGUUUGAGUUUACAGAUGAGUGCCUUGCUGCGUUCGAACAGAUCAAGCAUGCCCUGAUAAGCGCCCCCAUUGUGCAGCCUCCUGACUGGAAUUUACCUUUUGAGGUGAUGUGUGAUGCUAGUGAUUUUUCUGUUGGUGCUGUUCUAGGACAGAAGAAGGAUAAAAAGCUUCAUGCCAUCUACUAUGCUAGUCGAAUUCUGGAUGAUGCUCAAAGGAAUUAUGCUACUACUGAGAAAGAGCUGUUGGCUGUGGUCUUUGCUUUUGAGAAAUUUCGGCCAUACCUUGUGGGAUCGAAAGUGAUUGUGCACACAGACCAUUCUGCACUCAAAUACUUGAUGCAGAAGAAGGAUGCGAAGCCUAGGUUGCUGCGAUGGGUGUUACUCCUUCAGGAAUUCGAUAUUGAGGUCAAGGACAAGAAGGGUGUUGAGAAUGGUGUGGUAGAUCAUCUCUCACGCAUCAGGGUUGAAGACGACGUACCCAUAGACGAUUUCCUGCCAGAAGAGAAUGUGUAUUAUGUGGAAACCAAGUCCCAGAGCAGUUUUGACGAAGAAUUGCAGGUUUUUCGAGUUGGAGGAACGUUAGUGACGAGCGACACCACCACUAGUGUCGCGCGUCACCUUUCUCAGGCGAACACUGAGACCUCCCAAAUUCGAAACAGACUUCCUGAGACCAGUUCAGCUGCUGUAUCCGCUACCCAACGCCCUUGGUAUGCCGAUAUUACCAAUUAUCUCGCUGCAGAGGCUGAGCCUGAGAACUUUAAGGGCUAUGCAAAGAAGAAGUUCCUGAGAGAGCUGCGAAGAUACCACUGGGAUGAGCCAUAUCUGUACAAGCACUGUUCUGAUGGGAUUUACAGAAGAUGCAUUGCAGAGUCAGAAGUUCCAGAAGUGCUGUUUCAUUGUCAUGGAUCCGAAUAUGCUGGACACUUUGCAACAUUCAAAACAGUGUCUAAGGUUCUUCAAGCAGGCUUCUGGUGGCCCACCAUGUUUCGCGACGCACAUGCAUUCAUCUCGCAGUGCGAUGUUUGUCAGAGGAGAGGAAAGAUCAGCAAACGACAUGAGAUGCCACAGAAUUUCAUCCUUGAGGUUGAGGUAUUCGACUGCUGGGGUAUCGAUUUCAUGGGUCCUUUUCCCUCUUCUUAUGGGAACAAGUACAUCCUGGUUGCUGUUGAUUAUGUCUCAAAGUGGGUCGAAGCCAUUGCCAGUCCCACCAACGAUUCUUCAGUGGUCCUUAAGAUGUUCAAGACCAUCAUCUUUCCUCGAUUUGGAGUGCCUCGAAUUGUUAUAAGUGAUGGUGGUUCUCACUUUAUUAACAAGAUUUUCGAAAAACUCCUAAGGAAGCAUGGAGUUCAUCAUCGAGUUGCCACUCCUUAUCACCCUCAGACGAGUGGACAGGUCGAAGUCUCGAAUCGUCAGAUCAAAGAGAUUCUGGAGAAGACAGUGGGUAAAACUCGAAAGGAUUGGGCUGCAAAGUUGGACGAUGCACUCUGGGCAUACAGGACAGCGUUCAAAACACCUCUAGGCACCACACCUUUCCACCUGCUCUAUGGAAAGCCCUGUCACCUUCCAGUGGAGAUCGAACACAAAGCAGCCUGGGGGAUAAAGCUGAUGAAUUUCGACAUCAAGUCUGCUGCAGAGAGGAGACUGAUACAACUGAAUGAGUUGGACGAAAUCAGGUACCAUGCCUAUGAGAAUUCGAAGUUGUACAAAGAGAGGACCAAGGCGUAUCACGAUUCCAAAAUCCUCUCCAGGCAAUUCGAACCGAAUGAUCAGGUACUUCUGUAUAAUUCUCGUUUGCAAUUGUUUCCUGGUAAACUUCGUUCUCGAUGGUCAGUUCCUUUCAUAGUCAAAGAGGUUCGCCCCUAUGGUGCUAUCGUCCUCCUCACACCAGAUGGUAGCAGGGAGUUCACAGUCAAUGGACAAAGGGUGAAGCACUACUGGGCCAAAGCUGAGAUUCCGGAUGGACAUAUCGUGCCUCUGGAUGGUGCACCUCCUGCUUGAAUCGCCAUCAAGUCAAGCUAAUGACUUAAAACAAGCGCUUGGUGGAAGGCAAUCCACUGGUGAGUCUGUAAAUAAGUCUUUUGUUUCAGUGAUUUUCGUUUUUCUUUUCGUGUUUUAGGUGAAGCAGAGGCUGGUGUCGAGCGACACUACCUUCGGUGUCGCUUGCCACUUGUUUUCUCUAUAU